UCUAACAUCAGAACCCCACGAACACUCACAACUCACAAGUCCUUGCUAUGUUGAAUGAUCAAAGUGCUUCAACAAGUCAUGACACAGAGAAUGAAGCUCAAGAACAAAUCAGAGAAAUCCAUGCCUUAACCCCAUAUAACCUUCCACACACCAACCGUGGCCAUAGAAGAGAACCUUGGGAAACACACAGCAACCAAUCAUCUUCUAUGUCCAUAGCUACCAUUGAUGGUGCUCCAAGCGAGAACUUCACCACCAUGAGCAGGGAAUUCAGUGCUCUUGUUCUAGCAGGGUCAAGUGUUGACCAUAACAACACAAGUAUCAUGAAUUUCAAUGGCAAUGAAGAAGAAGAAGGAAGCAAUAACGUUAACAACAACUUGGGUAGGAUUGGAGAAGAUGAUUUGAUGGAGGAAACUAACCCUUUGGCGAUUGUGCCAGAUAACAACCCUUUGAACACGGUUCCAUCUUCAAGGCGUGGAGGAAUCACCAAUGGAAAUUCAUCUUCUUCAGUAGGCACCAUCAGUGGUCAGAGUGAAGUGACAGUGCAGAGGGUGAAGAAGGAAGAGGUUGAAGCUAAGAUAUCAGCAUGGCAGAACGCUAAGGUUGCUAAGAUUAAUAACAGGUUCAAGAGAGAAGGUGCUGUUAUUAAUGGGUGGGAGAAUGAGCAGGUUCAGAAAGCAACUUCAUGGAUGAAAAAAGUUGAGAGGAAGCUGGAGGAGAAAAGAGCAAAAGCACUGGAGAAAAUGCAAAAUCAGGCAGCAAAAGCUCAUAGGAAAGCAGAGGAGAGAAGGGCAUCAGCAGAGGCUAAAAGGGGAACAAAAGUAGCCAGGGUUUUGGAGAUUGCCAACCUUAUGAAAGCAGUUGGAAGAGCUCCUACCAAAAGAUCGUUCUUUUAAGCUCUAUAAUAUCAUAUUUUCAAAUCCCAUUUAUAGACCAAAAAGAGAGAAAGAGAAAAAGAUUAUGGGCAUAAUACAUGACAUAGUUUGAUGAGAGCCCCUUUUCCUUUUAAAUUUAACUUAAAGGGCUCGAGAGGGUUUUGCAUUAUAAGGAAAAAGAAGAUAUGGAUGUUGGUAUAUAUAUCAUAUUAUAUAGAAACCAAUUGGAGUGUUUUUGAGUGAUUGUUAAUGGUGUGUUACGA